UUUAUUUGUCACGCACCAACAGCAUGCUGAGUUUUUUGACCCCCACCUGAUUAUUGAUUGGGGCUUUUUCGGUAAGCCAAGCCUUUUACAGUUUGUUACAGUUUUUCAGAAGUUUUGCAGGAAAGAAACAAGGGGGGAGCGCAGCUCUUAAGUUUAGCCCUGCCGGAACCAAACAAGACCUUAUUUUUACGGAUACAGUUAGGAAUCUACUACUUAUCAGUCCAUACAUAUAGUAAUCAAAUUCCGUGGAUUCAGGCUGGCCUGCAUCCAUUCUAGGAGAAUGAAAUAGACUCGACAACAGUACGUGACUUACAGUUCGCCAAGUCAAGCAGCACGGAGUCAACGGUAAAUUUGCUUCCUGGCAAGAACAACAAAAGGCAAAGGCUGAAAUUAAGCACGGGAACGUACGACAGCUGAGUCAAGCAGCUUCCUGGCAAGAACAACAAAAGGCAAAGGCUGAAGUGAACAAAGUGAUAAAGUCUAGCUUACAGAUGGUACUAAACAAGUUGCCUCUGGUUAUAGGUUAUUUAAUAUAUAUGUGUGUGUGUGUGUGUGUGUGUGUGUGUGUCUCUAUAUACCAACCACCCACCGCGUGGCAUACUCACCCCGGGAGUAGUACUAGAGAGAGUAGCUAACAAUAACGCUCCUGACCGCCAAUGGCGCUAGCAGGCGCUAACGAGGGCGAGCAGGCUGCUGCUCGUGAGCCACCACCACCAAUAAUCCUCGCAACUUCAGCAAAUGCCCUGCCGCCGCCUGCCACACUAGAUCCUCGGCUGUUCAUGGCUGCUCGCCGCGGCGACAGCAAGCAGCUCAAGGAUCUGCUGCUGCUGGAGGACGAGGAGGAGGAGCCUGCGGCCACUGCCGUCGACGACACGCCGUCCGUGGAGGCAGCACCACAAUUUGUACUGGAAGUUGAUCCUGGGUUUCCUGGGUUUGCUCCUGCUGCUGCACCAGUACCGGCACCACUCCCGGUGGUGGUCCUUGAUGGAGGCGGGGUGACCAUGGAGGGGGACUCUCUGCUGCACGUGGUUGCAGCAUGCGGCGACGGUGAGGAAUUCAUCAAGUGUGCCAAGAUGAUCGUCCGCGACAAGGAAAGGAAGGGUGGUGCCGCUGCGAAGCGCCUGGUCCUGGAAGCGCGCAACAAGAAUGGCGACACGCCGCUGCACUGCGCCGCCGGUGCUGGGAACGCCGAGAUGAUCUCCUGCCUCGUCGCCCUUGCCAACACCGCCGACGUGAAGGCGUUCGUGAGAAUGCGGAACCAGUGUGGGGAGACCUCCUUGCACCAGGCGAUACGCGCUGCCAACAACAACGACGACAAGGUGGUCUGCAUUGACCGGCUGAUGGCAGUGGAUCCAGAUCUAGCCUGCAUCCCACAGGACGGAGAGGAGGGUGCUUCACCGUUGUAUCUGGCCAUUUCGUUAGGUGAAAUUGAGAUUGCACGGCACAUGUUGAUCAACAAAAAAGGCAGGCUGUCCUACUCCGGACCAGACGGACGAAACGUCUUGCACGCAGCAGUUUGUCGUGGGCAAGAGACGACAGGGAUAAUUGAUCCCCUUCAACCGGACGGAGUGCUGCUUAUGCUCUUGGUGAAAUUCCAUAAGGAGGCGGCCGCCCAAGGAGACCACCGGCGUAUGAGUAGUAGUAGUGAGCCUGAUCUCCUGUGGCAGCUGACUAGCCAGAGGGACGAGCUGAACGGGAGCACCCCUCUUCACUUGGCUGCAUCGCUGGGAGCGCGGCCGUGGAAUUGGCUUCUUUGCAGAUUGUAUCCUCAUCAAGUUUGGUCGUGGUCGGGUUGGCAUGCAGCCGCGGAGCUUCUGGAUGCUAACGUAUCCACGGCGUAUCAGGCGGACAAUGGGGGAUCCUACCCCAUACAUGUUGCCGCAUGGUCUGGCUACGUCAGUGUCGUCCACUUGCUGCUGAAGAAGUGCCCCGACAGCGCCACUCUGCGAGAUGGUAAAGGGAGGACUUUCCUCCAUGUUGCUGCUGAGGCGGAGGAGGAGGAGCAUGAUGUGGUUCGAUAUGUCUGUGAGAGGCCACAGUAUUCAUCGAUCCUGAAUGCGCAGGACAAGAACGGGGACACGCCGCUGCACCGAGCUGUCCAUGCUGGGAAUGUGACAACCUUCAGAUAUCUCAUUCGGAAUCGGCAGGUACGUUUGGAUGUAGCAAAUAAAGACGGGCUGACACCUCUUGAUCUCGCAUGCAGUUUGAACCCUCCAGGGUUUCAGUAUGCACUGAAUCCAAGAUCUAUUAUAGAGAAGACAUUAGCAUUCGCAGGAGCUCCGCACGGUUCUGUUCGGCCGCAGCUCUUGUAUGAGAAAUAUAUCGCUAAAAGAGACGUGGACGGAGAAUCGGAGAAGCAUACACAGGCGACGCAGGUGAUGAGCAUUGUGGCUGUACUCAUCGCUACUGUGACAUUUGCAUCAGCUUUCACGGUGCCCGGAGGUUAUCGCGCCGAGGGGACGCCCGUGCUUGCUGGGACUGGCGGCUAUGCCUUCGAUGCGUUUAUCCUCGCCGACACUUUGGCAUUCAUCUGCUCCUGCCUGGCUACCUUCAGCCUCGUCUACGCCGGGGUGCCGGCUAUGGACCUCUCCAUCCGCACCUACUACUUCAAUCUUUCGGCCUUGUUGCUGCAGAACGCAGGAAGAAGUUUCGUGGCCGCGUUCGGAUUGUGUUUGUACCUCGUGCUGGCUCCAGUGGAUCGCAUGGUUGCAGCCGCUGUCUGCGUCGUUACUUUUGCAUCUUUGCUCCUGGGAAACAUGGAAGCUUGGAAGAUCACUUGUCUGGCGAUCACGGUCCGCGCUCGAGCUGGAGUUCGACCAUAUGCGCUACGAACUUACGCACAAGCUAUUUCUUCAGAAGUCUUGGUACACUUCGGGUCCUUGAUAAUAAUCUUCGGCCUCCCAGCAAUUCGAAAGUGGGCAAGAUCAACUAAAUAAGAGUCAACAGUCCUUCGUCACCAUGCCAAGAGCACAUACAUCCAUCGCCAGGCCAAAAUAAUCGACCGUGUCUUCUGUAAAUUUAGUUUUUCAUCUGCACAAUAGUAUCAUGUGUACCCACUACUGCUGUACUGAUUUAUCUACUUUUUUAUAAUUAAAACAAACCAUGUACAGCUGCAAUGCUUCUAAGGAUUUCCGCAGCUUUGUACCAAA